GUGUGCUCCUGUACACGUUCCUCUCUUUCUGUAAGUUUAUUUAACAUUUUGAGCAUUAAGAACAUUAAGGAUAUCAAAAGAAUAGAUAAAAGUAAAGAAAAGUCGGUGAUAAAGUCUUAGAGGUUAAGAUAUUGUAUAUGCGGCGAGUGGGACUAUUUAAGUUUUCCUGAAAAUCUCAACAGUCUCCUUUCCGGGCAAUAAAGUCAAAAUUCAAGCACAUCACUUCAGUUACAUCAUGGCCAAAGACAAAUCCUUAAAAUCAGAUACUCCUAAAAGGAAGAAGUUGUGCUCAAAUGACAGUGAAGCUCAUGUGGAAGAAAUGAAGGAGAGCAAAGAGAAAAAGAAGAGGAAACGGAUGGAUGUAGAGGAGGUUCCAGUUCAGAUCCCUCAAGGAACUAUUGAUGUGGAUGUUAAAAAAAAGAAAAAGGACAAGAAACGCAAAAAGAAACAAAUGACAGAGCAAACUGAGAUUUCAGAUCCACCCAGUCCCCUUCCAGGGAAACAGGAGACGGAGGGAGUGGAGGGAGAGGAGGACUUGAGCCCCGAGGAGCGGCGGGUCUUGGAGAGGAAGAUGAAGAAGAUCCUGAAAAAGGAGGAGAAGAAGAAGCUUAAAGAUGAGGGGAAGACUGAGACGAAAGCUGAGACGCCUGCACCCACUGCAUCUCAGCAUGCCUUAGAUUACCUCACCUGCUGGGCUAAAAAUCGCACAGAGUGGAAGUUCCAGAAGACCAGGCAGACGUGGUUACUGCAGCACAUGUUUGACUCUGAAACAGUUCCAGAUGAGAAGUUCUCCAUAUUGCUCGAGUACCUGGAGGGGCUCCGUGGAGCAGCGAAGGACACCACAGUGCAGAAGGCCUUAGUCCUAGUCCAAGAGUCAGGACAAGUGCCAGAGGACAAAACUGUCCAGCAGAGGGCGCACAGAGCCAGAGAAGUUAUCCAGCUGCUCUCCUGAACUUCCACUAUGCAUUCAGCAGAAAAAGACUGAACCAUCAGUGGACUUAAAGGUUGUCCUGAUCUCAGGCUCGGACUCAAAUAGUUGUUUUAUAUGUUCAGUCCAUUAGGGAUAGGAGGGGUUUUGAUAAUAUCACCAGUGUCGCACAUGUAUUUUGUAUGUACAUGUCUUUUUCUUCUCCGUAGCUAAACAAUUCCAUGUGUACCGUUGCAGUCUUGUCUCCCCACCCCAAAAAAUAUAAAGUAUGAAAUCUUACAAGUUGCAGUUCUUUGACAAGUUACACCUGCAGCACAAUAUUUGAUUUUCAUUACUUUCUCUAACUCCAAAUAUUAAGUAUUCAGAAGACAUUGUACAGUUUCACCAGUAUGGAGAGAAGAGGGGAGAUAUAACUCCACACAGAUGAAACAGAAAGCUGAGAAACUGUUGGAGUUAAAAGUCUCAGGAAUGUUUGUACUCAAGACAUGUUUGUGCAUGUCAAGGCCCAUCACCUGUGAAGUCACUCAUGAGAGUAACUUUUCUCAUAUACUCAAGGCAUAAUAAUGAUAAAAAUGCCAAAAAAUUCUUUCUAACUGAGUAGUUUAUGCUCUCUUUGUGUGUGUUAGAUGUGUUUAUCUACUUCUUUUUGGGGAAUUAAUGUGGAUUCAUUCUUGUUUUAGUUAGGGUUAGGGUUAGAUUUGAUUACAACUUUCACAUACCACACUAUUACAUAUAACUGAGCUGGUUAUAGAUGUAGGUCAAAAAGAGCAGCUGCGGGGUCAGGUGCUUCCUGCACUAUUACAUGCUUUCAUACUUUAAUUGG